AUGAUAAUGCUGCUUUACUAUGGGGUGCAGCAAAAGCCAUACUUUAAAGGGAAAAUGGCAGCCAAGCAUCCAGCUCUCCCUGACAUGCAGAGAGUUUCCCGGCCACUACAGAACGAGGACCAAGGCCCAGCACUGCAGCCCCCUGUCCAGCCCUCGAGACCUCCCCAAGUCCAGCUCCCGAGGAGGAACGACAGCAAUCUCCGCAUGCUUGAGGACCAACUCCUCUGUCCCUUUUGCCGAGAGGUGUUCUGCAACCCGGUCACCAUCACCUGCGGUCACAACUUCUGCAUGAGCUGCCUCCAAGGUUUCUGGAACCACCAGGCUGCCAUGGGUGAGAAGCUCUAUUGCCCCCAGUGCCGAGAGGGCUACCCCUCCAGGCCCUGCCUCUGUAAGAAUGUCAUUCUGGGGGAGAUGGUGGCCAGCUUCAUCCAGGCCAAGGGCCAGGCCUCAGGGUCCUUGUGGCCCCUGGCUCGGUCCCAGGACGUGGCCUGCGACUUCUGUUCCACCCCAAAGCUCAAAUCUGUCAAGUCAUGCCUGCAGUGCGUGGCCUCCCUGUGCGAGAAACACCUGCGCAGCCACUUCGAGGACCAAAUGUUCAAGGACCACCAACUGCUGGAGCCCGUGUGGGAUCUCAAGAACUGCUUGUGCCGGAAGCACCACAGUCUGCGGCAGAUGUACUGUCGCACGGAAGGCUGCUGCGUGUGUGGGGUCUGUCUACUGGAAGAGCACAAGAACCAUGACGUCACCUCGCUGGAGGAGGAGCGCGCCCACAAGGAGGUCGAGGUUCAAAAAGUCCAGGACACUGUGGAGAACCAGAUGCUGAUCAUCACUGCUGACAGCCGGAAGCACCAGGGCCGGGUGGCCUUUCUCUCGAAACUGAUCCAGACAAUGAGACAUGAGGUGAACACCUGCUUCUCGGAGAUCAUCCAGGAGGUCAAACGGCUGCAGGUGAGGAUCUUGGAUUUCAUGGAGAAGGAGGAGGCAGCCGCCCUGGAGAAGCUGAGCAGCUCCAUACAGCAGAGCCACAACCGGCUCCAGAAGCUGAAGGGAGACAGCAUCUGGCUCCACACCCUGCUCAUCAACCAGAGCAACCAGCAGUUUCUGCAGGAGUUCCCCAGGCUGAAGCAAUUCUCAGCCCACAUGGAACCCCUUAUGGGCAUCAACUGUGAGGAAAUGCAGAGCUUCUCCCAGCUGCCAGAGACCCUGGCUGAGCUCCGGACCCGGAUGCUGGACGUGGGCCUCAGCUUCCUCAACCAGCUCCUUCUGAAGGGCAUUAAGAUGAGCUCCUAUGAGGUGCUGCCCACAGCUGUGGACAGGAAGACCCUCCUCAAGUGUUACUGCAACCUGAACUUCGACCCCACCACAGCAGGCGAGGAGCUGUUCCUCCUCAAGGAGACCCACUCGGUGCUGAACCUGGGCAUCCACCUGGAGCCCCCGAGACAGGGCGGCCCGUUCCCGGGCUUCAAGCAGUGGCCACAGGUGCUGUGCUCGCGCGGCCUGUCCGAGGGCCGCCACUACUGGGAGGUGGAGGUGUCCAACUCGUGGGUGUGCCUGGGCGUCACCUACCGCCCCCGAUCCCCGCUCCGCGGCCGCGCGCGCUGCAGCGUGGUCUAUCUGCUGGGCCGCAACCCCUACUCCUGGUGCCUGGAGUGGGACUCGCUCAAGUUCUCGGUGUGGCACGACAACGCGCAGACGGUGCUGCGCGGCGCCUACCACCGCACGCUGGGCGUGGCGCUCGACUGGAGCGCCGGCUGCCUGUCCUUCUACGGCCUGGCGGGUGGCGCCAGCCUCCUCUACCGCUUCCUGGCCGCCUUCCUCGAGCCGCUCUACCCCGCGCUCAUGGUCAGCAGCGGCGCCUCGGCCACUCUAAAGCAGCGCCCGGACCCCGAGCUGCAGGCGGCGGCCGUCCAUAAAUAAAGCCGGACUUAUCUAAGCGCUGGCUGGCGCGCUGGGGAGUCGCCGGCCCUGCGCUGUCCCACCUCCCAAAACGCAGGCGACCCUUCCUCACCACAGCCACAGGAGGGCUCUGAAUCCGGCUGGAGUUCCCCAAGUCACGGUGCGGGACGGGGAGGGGAGGCAGUCUUGUGGCCUUGUGGGUGGGGGGGUUCCACAGCCCGCUCCCAACCCUCAUCCCAGCAGAAGCCCGGCCUUGGCUCUACGGGCUGCUCUUGGCUACUCGGCGCUGCAGCCUGUCCCAAAGGCCUUGUCGUCUGAGAGUGGGCAAAGCUUGGGCCAGGUGGUCAGACUGAGAGGUGGCACUGGAUGGAUUGGGGUACGGAUGGACUACCUGACUGGCUUCAUUGGCGGCUGGGAGGUCAAACUGGAGGAGCCCAGGCCUCUCUCAAAUCCAAAAAUGAUAGGCUGGGGACCCAAGCCCAGGCAGGGGUGGCGCUGCUGUCCCUGCUGCUCAGAACAGAGCUGCUCACUCAGCUGGUGUUUUACAGACUGGAGAAGGCGUGAUGCUGUCGUGGGCGGGCAAACCUUAAACCCCCUCCACCUGGCUGAAUGCUGUUGAAAGCGGCGCCCCCAUCCCCAACCAUCACCAACCCACUCAGCUCCCAGAAGGUAGCACUGCCCACAGCAGAGGGGCCGUGUCCACAUCCAGGCCUCUGCCAUCCGACCAGAGGCUGAAUGCAGGCGGGGACACUGCUGGGGGACUCCUCUGUCUGGGGAAGCUGAAGAUUUGGGCACACCAUGGAGCCCCCUCUGCAUUUCCAGCUACAACCAGUCACUUGUUCCUGUGGCUUCUCAAGCGAGGCUUUCAGUGAGGUUAAUGAUUGGCUCUGAAGAGGAACUGAUACCAAUCACAGGAGAAAAAAAAUCCCAAGAGCAACGCAUUCCGAACCAGGCUGCACGCUGCCCCCGUCGGGUUCCUGAAUUGCGUCUCCACCUGGCCUGUUCCUGGAGAAAUUAGUGACCCAGGUUUUCCUUCGAAGUGGUCAUUUUGGAGCCAGGAGGGCACAGGGAGUGCAGAGUACGCUCUGAAAGUUGUGGGAAAGGGGGUGGGCUCAUCUCAGGAAGCCCUGGCUGUAACUUUGUGGUGGCCUUUCUCCCUGGAGUCUUUGCCCAGCACCAAUCCCAGUGACUCAUUCGCCGAAGGCUGCUGCCCCUAUGAAGUAAGGAAUGAGCUCAAAUUCUUUCCGCCUUAUUGAGGGACCUUUUACCCAAAACCCACAUCUUGUUCCCCCACCCCAGUCUUCCUCCUGGCCCCAGUGGCUUCUGCAGAGGAAGGCUCAGGUCAGGAAAUGCUGAAAAGGUGAAUGCAUGACCCAAGUGGAUAGCACCAGCCACAUCUCAGAGUCUUCCCACGUCACAGGGCUGGCGAGGAUGGGGGCUUCCUAGCCAAGUCCUCCCAGCUCUGAAAGACACUUGGUGGCAGGAUAGUGCGUGACACCCUCAGGCACACAUCCAAACGUCCCAGGGAUGUUACUUGCUCUCAAACAGCUGUUCCUUAUUUUGGGGAGUCCUGGGCCCCCAUAGGUCCACAAUGGUAGUUCUGAGGGUCGUGAAACUGUUUUCGGCAUUCCCAUGAGCCAGAUGGCAAGCAGGCCCGCACUUUCAAGGAGGCCUGUUAGCAAACCGAAUGUCAGGGUGUCUGGUCUCUGCCUGGACUGUUCCUGGAGAAAUUAGUGACACAGGUUUCAGCCUGUGCCUCAUGGGGGGAAACAUAACAGGGGAGCCAGGCACGGUGG